AUAUAUAGUGAUAUAUUUAUUCUACAAACAAUUUGUAACAAAAUAUUGUUACAAAUUUUUUAAUAACUAUAUAAUCUAUAAGUUCUGUGUGAUUAUUGUUCUCUGAAAUAUAAGCUUAACAAAGAUGCAACUGGAAAAAGGACUUGCUUACGAAUAUAUGUACAUCACAUCUGUGAUUGCAGCCUACUGGAUAGUAUCCAUUUUGACUGUAUUUGUAAAUAAGGCGCUUCUAUCUAGCCAAAUUAUAAAUUUGGAUGCUCCUCUUUUUGUAACUUGGUUUCAAUGCAUAAUAAGCGUAGUUAUUUGUGUCACUUUACGCACACUGUCGCGAUGGUUCCCAAACUACAUUACAAUGGCAGAUGGUAGCCCAUUUAGGAAGGAUGUUAUAAGAAAGGUACUGCCAUUAUCAAUCCUGUUCACUGGAAUGAUAGCGACUAACAAUUUGUGUUUAAAAUAUGUUGGCGUUGCCUUUUAUUAUGUAGGUCGCUCACUGACGACUGUAUUUAACGUUGUGUUUACCUAUAUUUUACUUGGGCAAAAAACAUCUCUAAAAUGCAUAACAUGCUGUGCAGUAAUUAUCGCUGGAUUCUGGUUAGGCGUGGAUCAAGAACAGGUAGCUGGUUCUCUGUCUGUUCUUGGAACCUUUUUUGGUGUGCUUGGAUCAUUACUGCUAUCCUUAUAUUCCAUUCGUAUGAAACAGACGCUUCCAGCAGUAAAUCAAGACAUUUGGUUGCUUUCUUAUUACAACAAUGUGUAUAGCGUUAUCAUUUUUAUUCCAUUAAUGAUACUAAAUGAUGAACCGACGACUAUAUAUAAUUAUGAGAAACUCAGACACCCUUUUUUCUGGGGUGCUAUGACGGCCGGUGGUAUAUUCGGCUUCGCCAUCGGAUAUUUCACCGCGCUUCAAAUACAAGUCACAUCCCCAUUGACACACAACGUCAGCGGGACUGCGAAAGCAUGCGCUCAAACAGUUUUAGCAACUUAUUGGUUUAACGAAAAGAAAUCAUUCCUUUGGUGGGUAAGCAAUGUGAUCGUCCUUACUGCCAGUGCAUUUUACGCGAAGAUUAGACAACUAGAUUUAAGGAAAGAGUACAAAGCCGAGACACAAUUGCUUAAGGUAUAAAAUAAUAAUAAGAUGUAACAAUUUUAUUUAAGCUUUUAUAUUAAAAAUUUAUUCUACCCAUCAUGUAUAUAAAAAUUUAUUUUAUAAAUAUUUUAUAAAAAAAUAUCAAGAAAAACAAUUUGGAAAAUACUGUUUUUUCUUAUGUAUAUGCAAACCAACUUUCAUUUUAAGUUUGCAAGAGUGUAUAUAUACGUAUAUUACAUUAAUGUAGAUAAAACAGUAAAAAAUAUAUAAAUACAUAUUUCAAACAUU